AUGGACUUCUCAGAGGCCAUCCCAACCCUUAUGGAAUUUGCCGGCAUAGCGGAUGCUGAAACCGCACGACAAUUCCUUGAUCAAGCAGGAGGCGAUGUUAAUGCAGCGGCAGCCCUCUACUUCGACACUUUCGGGCGGACGGAUGGGGGCCUCCCAGCGGCGUGCUCCGAAGAGGAUUUGAGGGCCCCUGAUCCAGAGUACACCCAAACCCUUCUUGACCAGCAGCAGCAGAAUGUCACGGCACUGGCAGUGGAGUCUUCUGCUGGCACAGUCGCCUUUCGUGGGCUAUUCGAACUACCUGGAGGGUUCUCGUGUCAGGAACCCUUUUCCCGGGCACGAGAGCUGGCCCAUUUGCAAAAGAAAUGGCUACUUGUUAACAUCCAGCAGGUCGACGCCUUCGAAUCUCUGAGGCUAAACAGAGAUGUCUGGAAGGCAGAGGUUGUUCAGGACUUAAUUAAUGACUUUUUCAUUUUUUGGCAGAGGACGAACCGAUGCGAAGAAGGCCAAGUAUUCUGCGACUUGUAUCGGGUAACAGCGUUGCCUCAUGUGUGCGUCGUCGACCCCCUUACUGGCCGUCGCUUGAAAUCGUGGAAUAUUCGCCUUCUUAGUGAUCCGAUCGCCGUCCAGUCCGAGUUUUUUGAAUUCAUUGAGCAGCAGCAGAUGGCUGACCGAAGCAGGAACGGGGAACCAGAGCCAAAAGCGCCGCCAGCUGUCCCUUCAAACCCCACCGACAAGGCACCCGUUGCUGAUGCGUCCCCUGCUGCAGCCUCAUUUGAAUCGACGGGGGCCGCUGCUGCUGCGGCAAAGGGUGCAGAGAGAUGCGCGAGUGCGCGAGCAGGCGAGCAGGCUAAAAAGACGAGCCUGGUAGAAGUUCAGCCCUCGGAUUACACGGCUGUCAACUCGCAGUUGCAAGACCUUAUGAAACUGCGCGAACAAAGGAGGCAGCAGCAAAUGCAAGCUGCACAGUCUGGUUGA